AUGGACGUUUGGGGGGAGGAGUUCGAGGCGAUGUACACGCGCCUGGAGCAAGAGGGCAAGGGCCGAAAGACCGUGAAGGCUCAGCACCUUUGGUUUCGAAUCCUCGAGUCUCAGAUGGAGACGGGCACACCCUACAUGCUCUACAAGGAUGCCGCGAACCGGAAGAGCAACCAGCAGAACUUGGGAACCAUCCACUGCUCGAACCUUUGCACAGAGAUCAUCGAGUACACUGCCGAGGACGAAGUUGCCGUCUGCAAUCUUGCGUCCAUCUCGCUCCCGUGCUUCGCGAACUCCGAGGGCGCGCCCUACGACUUCCAGAAGCUCUACGAAGUCACAAAGGUUGUCACGAAGAACCUGAACAAGGUGAUUGAUCGCAACUACUAUCCAGUUGAGGCAGCCCGGAACUCGAAUAUGCGCCACCGUCCCGUUGGUCUUGGCGUACAGGGCCUCGCUGACGCCUUCCUGAUGAUGAAACUUCCCUUCGAGAGCGAGGAGGCGAAACGUCUCAAUGAGGACAUCUUUGAGACCAUCUACUUCGCGGCUUGCGAGGCUUCCUGCGAGCUGGCGGCUGCCCAGGGGCCUUACGAGAGCUACCAUGGAAGUCCAGCCAGCAAAGGCAUUCUCCAGUUCGACAUGUGGCAGAAGACCCCCCGAAGUGGCCGGUGGGAUUGGCAGGGUCUGAAGAAGCAGAUCGCUCAGCAUGGUUUGCGGAACUCACUUCUCGUCGCCCCGAUGCCCACUGCCAGCACAGCGCAGAUCUUGGGCAACAACGAGUCGUUCGAGCCUUACACACAGAACCUCUAUGUUCGUCGGGUGCUCUCGGGUGAGUUCGUGCAGGUGAAUCGGCACCUCCUCCGUGACCUCAUCAACCGCGAUUUGUGGACCGAGGACGUGCGACUCAAGCUCAUUGCUCACAAUGGGAGCGUCCAGGCUUUGGACUUGCCAGAGGACAUCAAGGAGCUCUACAAGACCGUCUGGGAGAUCCGGCAGCGCGCCGUCCUGGACAUGGCGGCCGACCGCGGAGCUUACAUCGACCAGUCACAGUCCUUGAACAUCCACAUGGUGGACGUCACAACUGCCAAGCUCUCGUCGAUGCACUUCCAUGGAUGGAACCUUGGGUUGAAGACCGGUCUCUACUACCUGAGGACGAAAGCCGCUGCAGACGCCAUCAAGUUCACCGUGGAUGUCGAAACACUGAAGCAGCGCUCAAGCUCCGACUCCGAAGGAACGAAGGUGCAGAAGACGGCCAUCGAGAAGCUGAAAGCCGAGGGGCCAAAGUAUCAAUGCGAAAACUGCAGUGCCUGA